UAGUCUGUGUUUUGGCGCCUGAUGUUGUUAUUCACCGGUAACCGUUUCUUGUAGAGAAAAAUACCGUAUAAUCUCUGUUCAAAAGACGUUUUUAUGAGCUUUGGAAGCUGAAUUUGCACAGCAAGAGUUUGAUAUCGUACAGUGGAUUCAAUUUUUACUUUCCUGGAUUGCAAAAUCGAUGGCUGAUCAUGAGGACGUGGAUUGAAUCACUAUCAGGAGCUUGUAACGUAAUCUCACCCGAAAACCCAAUCAUUUGUCAUGUUGGAGAUGAAGCUUUGUUUAACUGGACUACAGAUGACGGAAGAAUAAUUUAUUCUGCCAACUGGGGAAUAAAAAAUGGGAACCAUCCUGAUUCUCAGUUUAUCAACACCAAUGUGUUCACAACUGUUGUGAACUACAACAAAAAUAUGGAUCCUAAAUAUAGACCGAGGGUUUAUUUUGUUGGUAACCUGAAAAUGGGCCGUGCUUGGUUUAAGUUAAAGAAUGUGAGCCUAAACGAUGAUUUGAAAUAUGUUGCAAAUAUUCGUGAAAGCAAAGGCGGAGUCCUCGCUUACAUCGUUCAGCUGAAAGUUAAGAAAAAAGCUAACAUUACGUGGACCACGCAAGUGGCGUCAACUCAUGUUACAGAUGCUACUGCAACAUCAAUUAAGAUAAAUGAUUCCUUUGAUGCCACAAGUUUCAGUCCAAAGAGAGAUUCCUUUGAUGCCACAAGUUUCAGUCCAAAGAGAGAUCAUGAUCAUCAUUAUGCUGGCCUGCUGAUAGCAGUGCUAUUGUUACCGCUGAUGUGGAGUUUUCUUGUUCUUAUCUCUUUGAAAAAAAACCAAAAACGAUAAAUACUCUGCUUGUUAUACAGUUACUUUGUAAUUGUGAGUAAUAGUUAUGCUAUUGGGAGCCCAAUGCAGAAGAAAAUGAAACGAAAGAUUUAAAAGGGGGAAAACGCCUUUUUUUGCAAGUUUAUUUACACCUUUCACCGUUUUUUUAAAUUGGACUCCCUGUGCGAGUGGUUACGAUUUUACUUUCCUUCCUAAUAGGGCAGUGUUUGAAUGACUUUGAGACGCUUGUAACAUUUUACUAGUCUUAGGUAAGGAAUUUUCGAAAUUCGAAUUAAGUGUAGAAGAAUACGCUCACGUUUAUUGAGAUCAAGGCAAGACCACGCAAGGUUCGUGCCACGAGCUUUUCACAGUCAUACAAAAUCUGUUUUAUUAAUAAACGUAUACACCUAUUUCGUUAGGUAAAAUAAGGUAUGACGGUAAUGGCACAAAGAGUCUUUAUUCCUCGUGUAUUGGAAUAUCGCCGAUUUAUAAUCCAUAGUAUCUAUAUAUCGUUAUCAUUAUCGUGGUUGUGAUGUUAAGGUGCCAAUCAUUUUAACAAUAUUUUCUAUCAUCUUCCCAUUUUUUGAUUACGAAAUAGAUCACGUGACUAGCCUAUAACAGUUCCAAAACCGUUCGAAUUUGUUAUGUUGGCUAAUUAUUAGUGAUUAAUGUACCAUCAAUAACUUUGAAUAUAAAUAGCCAUUAUUAUAUCUUUACCCUGUCUGUUGCCUUGACGUGGUGGUGAAGCUUGUGUGCCUCGAUGAUUCUGCGAGCUAUACCGGCUGGGACUGAGAUCCCUAGUAGGUUUAAACAUGCCGGAAUGGUCAAAGAGUAGAGGACUGACUUAAGUAAGUAAGUAAAGUUAUUACGCACGCUAUAACUCAGUUAUCUUAUAUUAUUAGAUAACUAGCUAAUAAGCAUCAGUGUAUAUAUGUAAAUUAAAAAUGUAUUACUUUUAUUACUAAUACGCAUAUCAUAUAACCAUUAUCAUAACUAGCUUCCACCGCAAACAUCUCUCUUCCUGUAUUUUUCUCUGUAUUUUUCUUCAUGUGGGUGUUUUGACAGGUUAAUUUUAUAAUCAUAUAAAAACUAGGAAUAGGAAAACACAGAAGACAUAUGAGACAACUGCGUUAGGGGCUAGGCCAUGAAUAUACCUGCUUAUUAUAAGUAGCAUGACUUCAAAUAGGUGUAUAUAACUUUUUUAUGUUUUUUUCCCAUUCUAUGUUUGUGGGUCUCUAAAGGUCAGAAAAGUCUGCAUGUAGAGGAAUUCUUGUAGCCGGUAGUAAUAAAGCUAAUUUGCAAAUGG